CUCUGGGUUUGUCCACAACAUGUCUAACCUGCGGCCUCUGGGGAGCACACUUGAUGACCCCCAGUGCUUCCUGACAAAGUACCAGAGCAACUUCUCAGAUGGCAAAGGAUUAGUCCCAAGAGACGACCACCUGAGCACAGUUUACCAAGGCUCACUGCCCAUGCUUGUCAAUCAAACUCUGCAGGAAUCAGGCUUCACUCAAGGCUCCAGCAAUCCUCUAGUCUGGCCUAUGCUUCCUGACUCUCAGCCCAGCAGCCAGAGGACUAUCCUACUGCCUCAGAAGAUGCUGACUGGGAGGAAGGAGUGCUCUGGGUUUGUCCGCAACAAGUCUAACCUGCAGACUCUGGGGAGCAUACCUGAUGACCCCCAGCGCUUUCUGACAAACUACCAGAGAAAGUAA